AUGCCUAAACAAUCAUCUCGGCCUGAUCUUACGUCGCCUGAAGCGCCUACGGCGUCAAAGCGACGCGCUUCAGCUAGACUGUCCGCCGCCGAACCGGGGGUCAAACGGGUCAAGUCAAACGUUGACCUGUCCCUUCGACAGGCAAAGUCCACGACCAGCAAGAGCAAGUACUUCGAGCCGGAAGACUCCGAUGAGCCCGACUCGGACUCCGAUGCCUCUGCGGGGGAAUCUUCUGGCUCUGUGUAUGAGGAAGCAAAGGAGGAAUCCACCGGCGACGAAGCGGAGCCGGAAGAACUCUCCGACACCGGCGACGACGCGAAGAAACUCAGCGCGAAGGGGAAGCAACGACAGAGCACCAGCAGCGGAAAUGACAUUAUCAAGGGCAAAGAGCUCUGGCGCGAAGGCGUCAGAGCGGGCCUGGAGCCAGGGCAAGAAGUUAUCAUUGCAAAGCCCAAGGCCCGAGACGCGGGGAAGACCCCUUACCAAGAUGAGACACUGCAUCCCAAUACCAGACUGUUUUUGAUCGAUCUAGCUGGUAACAAUGACCGACAAUGGCUAAAGGCGCAUGAUCCGGAUUAUCGCGCAGCAAAGAAGGACUUCGAGACAUUCGUCGAUUCCCUCACGCCGAAGAUUGCAGAGGUAGACGCUACCGUCCCUGAACUUCCUGUGAAGGACCUGGUAUUCCGCAUCCACAGGGAUGUGCGUUUCAGCAAGAAUCCACUUCCGUACAAGGUAGGUUAUCCUCCCCUCUGGGUCCUUUUUGCUGUGCCUGUCGCAUGUGUGUAUGUGGCGGAUACGCAUUUCUCUGCUGCCUGGUCUCGGACUGGUAAAAAGGGUCCGUAUGCAGCAUACUAUGUCCACUUCCAGCCAGGCUCUUGUUUUGUCGGCUGCGGACUGUGGAACCCCGAGUCAGAGCCACUUGCACUGCUGCGAGAGGAUAUCGACGAGAACUCGGCUGGCUUGAAGGAGGUACUCCGGGCGCCGGAGAUGCGUCGUGAGUUUCUGAAGGGGGCGUCCGACGAUGACGAUGCGGUUGUGGACGCUUUUACACAUCACAAUAAGGAGUCUGCUCUCAAGACGAAGCCCAAGGGCUACGAGGCAGACAACAAGAACAUCAAAUUACUUCGACUACGCAGUUUCACUAUUGGGAAGCCCAUUUCAGACGAUGAACUCACUGGAGAUGAUGCCCAGGAGAAGAUUGCUGUUUUGGUUGGGGUCAUGGAGCCUUUCGUGACGUAUCUCAACAGUGUAGUGAUGCCCGAUCAGUGA